AUGCUUCGAGACGUGGAUCCCAUCUACCAAGAGGACGUCCAGCGUGCCCUGAACUUGCUUUGCUGUGCAAAGCGUCCCCUGCUCGUUGAAGAGCUUAUGCUAGCGAUAGCCGUGGAGCUGGGUGAUUCACCGAAGUACAAUUCAGAACGCCAACUUAAGAGCAGCGAGGAUCUUCGGCAGAUAUGUGCCGGAUUCAUUGAUAUUGAUGUCCGAACUCAUGAUGAUCUCACACUGAUUAAUCAAGUUGACUCACUUAGUAUGAUGGAUAUCACCCUUUUCGGCACCCACGGUACUCGUUACGAGAUGGUGCGGAUCGCUCAUUUUUCCGUCCAGGAAUUUCUGAAAUCAGAUCGGAUAAGAUCAAAAGAUUUCAAAGACCUGGUCAGUUUCCACGUGGACAUGCAAGAUGCCAAUGAUCAAAUGGCGGGUACUUGCCUCGCCUUUCUGUUGGAACCCUCAAUACUUGAGGCGCAGAUGUCAGAAUCAUCUCCACUGGCCUUAAACACUCUAAGGACUUAUGCAGCGCGUCAUUGGGUCGACUAUUAUGAUGAUUUCACUUCCAGUGCCUCAACAAGGGCGCAAGCUUCUCGUCUCUUUUGCGGGGCAGGUGGUUGGUUUGAGAAGUGGUUAUGGUAUUGGGACCAUGACCGCAACCACCCUAGGAAACCCAGGCCAGGACCACUUUAUUAUGCGUCAUUGCUUGGAAUACGUUCAGUUGUCUAUAAACUCAUAGAAGAUGGUCUAUCAAAAGAACUAGACGCAUCGAGUAAUGCGUACAGUCGAGUUGAGCCGUUCUUUCUUGAUGAAGUGGCGGGCAAUUAUGGAACAGCUCUUCAAGCUGCGUCAAUGCGAGGCCAUCUUGCGAUUGUCCAGAGGCUUAUUGAAGGAGGAGCUAACAUAAACCAACAAUCCGGUCACUAUGGAACGGCUCUUCAACUUGCGGCAGAUGGAUGCCAUCUUGAGAUCGUACACCUGCUCGUUACCAAAGGAGCUGAUGUUAACCAACAAGCCGGUGAUGAUGAAACAACUGCUCUUCAAGCUGCAUCGCUUCGCGGCCAACUUGGGAUGGUCCAAUUCCUUCUUGAAAAUGGAGCUAAUAUUAACCAAGGAUGUGGCUAUUACGGGACGGCUCUUCAAGCCGCAUCAACGGGUGACCAUUGCGAUGUUGUUCAGUUUCUUAUCGAAAAUGGAGCUCAUGUCAAUCAAGAGGCUGGUCGUCAUUUCGGCACAGCUCUCCAAGCUGCGAUAAGAUUUAACCGCCCAGAGAUUGCUCGGCUGCUUCUUAAGGAAGGAGCCGAAGCCAUUCAGAUAAGUGCUAAUGAAUUGAAACAUCUAUGCUUUAUGUUAAUGAGAUUACGAUCGAUCAAUACCGAGAGCAGUGGCAAGACUUGA